GUAAACAUGGCAUGUUGGUUGAAAUAAGUUGGUUUUCAGCUUUUCAUCACUUGAAAAAUAGAGAAAAACAUGUAAAAAAGCAGUCUCCAAAGUUAUGGUUUGGUGUAAUGCGAAAUGUCGGUAGAAAAGAGCAGGAUUAGUGGACUUGUAGCUCAGUCCUUUACCUUUGCAGCUCGCAAAAGAAAGACACGUAUGCUCUGCCGCUUUUGUUGGGUUGGUUUGGUUGCUUGCGUGACCGUGUGACUUGUGUUCCCCCCAUUUUUUGCAUAUAAGCAUGGGCUUGUCACGCUUCACAAGCCUUGGCCCUUGGCCUUUCCCUCAUCGCCUAAUUGCUUGGAUCCUUGCACCUCCUGCAAGUUGCCAGCAACCGAGAAGCUACCACUACUAGCUGCUCCGGCUCAGCUCAGCUCAGCUCAAAAAGGCGUUGGGGUUUAGUGCACGAAAUGAGCAGCGCGUUGCCCGGGGCAGACGGGGCAACGAGGAGAAGAGGAAGGAAAUGCUGCUGCUGUUAGGAUUGGCCACGGGCCUCGCCGUCGCCGGGGAAGUGGAGAAGCAGGACGGCGGCGGGGCGUCGUCCUCCGGGGGCCAUGGCUCGUGGAUUAGCCCAGCGGUGCUGUUCGUCUUGGUGAUAGUGGCCGUGGUGCUGCUCGUGUCCGGGCUCCUGCAUCUCCUGGUCAGGUGCUUGCGCCGGCGCGGCCGCGCGCAAGGGGCGGGGGAGGGCGGCGCCGACGGGGUGGACGGCGGCGGGGAGGAGUCGGCGCUGCAGAGGCAGCUGCAGCAACUGUUCCACCUGCACGACGCCGGGCUGGACCAGGACGUCAUCGACGCGCUCCCGGUGUUCCUGUACCGGGAGGUGGUGGGCGCCGGGGCCAAGGAGCCGUUCGACUGCGCGGUCUGCCUGUGCGAGUUCGCCGGCGAGGACCGGCUCCGGCUGCUGCCGCUGUGCGGGCACGCGUUCCACAUCGACUGCAUCGACACCUGGCUGCUCUCCAACUCCACGUGCCCGCUCUGCCGGUGCGCGCUCGGCGACGACGACGCCGCGGCCGCGCUGCUCGACGCGCUCCACGGCGAGGGCGGGUGGAAGCACGAGGACGCCGUGCUCCCGGUGCGCCUCGGCAAGUUCACGAGCCAGUCCAGGGCAGCGCCCGGCCCCGUCCACGACGGCGCCGGCAUUGUGACGAGGGAGGCCGGCGAGACGAGCAGCAGCAGCCUCGACGCCAGGCGGUGCUACUCCAUGGGCUCCUACCAGUACGUCCUCGCCGAGGCGAGCCUGCAGGUGUCCGUCCACAGGAGGCACGGCGACGGCCACGGCAGGGCCGGGGCCAGGCUCAGAGGAGUCGGCGCCAACCCCGCCGGCGCAGAGGCCGCCGCCGCCGCGGGCACCGAGGGGAAGAGGAUCGGCGCCGGCAGCAAGGGCGACAGCUUCUCGGUGUCCAAGAUUUGGCAGUGGCCGCGGAACGGCAAGGGGAAGCUGCCCGUGCUCGCGUCCGACGACUCGCCGGCGAUGAACGGCCGGUUGCCGUGGCAGAGGCGGAGCCCCGGGGAUUCGUGACGGCAGAGAAAACGUGUGUGGUGGUGCGUGCUCCAACCUUCCUUGAGCUGAUUUGGCUCGCCCUUUUAACCGCUGAAUCUGUUCAUAGCCAUUCGUUCCUCUUACAAAAUCACAUUUGCGUGUGGUGGCCGUGAUCUUAGCUUUCUAGGUGCAUGAUGAACUCUGUGUGUGUGCGGAUUAUACUUCGUUCAUUUGCCAGUCACUUGUGUCUCUCCUCACAUUUCAGUGACACUUUAACCAAAAAGAAAAAAAAAGUUUUACUGCAAGGUUAUCGCAGAGACAAAGUUGCUGUUGUCGAGUUGAGGUACAAUUCCGUGAUCAUUAGUUAAUUUUUAGCUUGCAGGUCACUUGUUUAUUUGUUUAUUGUGAGGACACUGCUGGGGAGGAUUAUUAGUUUUAAUGGCAGAUUCUUGUCUUAGCAAGCAAGUGCUUGUACAGUAUA